CCGGGCGUGGACAGCCCGGCGGGCCUGUGAGGACCCCGCACAGCCAAGAUGGCGGCGUCCGUGCGACAGGCACGCAGCCUAGUAGGUGUGGCGGCGACCCUGGUCCCGGGUUCCCGUGGCUACCGGGCGCGGCCGCCCCCGCGCCGCAGGCCGGGACCCCGGUGGCCAGACCCCGAGGACCUCCUGACCCCGCGGUGGCAGCUGGGACCGCGCUACGCGGCUAAGCAGUUCGCGCGUUACGGCGCCGCCUCCGGGGUGGUCCCCGGUUCGUUAUGGCCGUCGCCGGAGCAGCUGCGGGAGCUGGAGGCCGAAGAACGCGAAUGGUACCCUAGCCUGGCGACGAUGCAGGAGUCGCUGCGGGUGAAGCAGCUGGCCGAAGAGCAGAAGCGUCGGGAGAGGGAGCAGCACAUCGCAGAGUGCAUGGCCAAGAUGCCACAGAUGAUUGUGAACUGGCGGCAGCAGCAGCGGGAGAACUGGGAGAAGGCCCAGGCUGACAAGGAGAGGAGGGCCCGACUGCAGGCUGAGGCCCAGGAGCUCCUGGGCUACCAGGUGGACCCAAGGAGUGCCCGCUUCCAGGAGCUGCUCCAGGACCUAGAGAAGAAGGAGCGCAAGCGCCUCAAGGAGGAAAAACAGAAACGGAAGAAGGAGGCGCGAGCUGCUGCAUUGGCUGCAGCUGUGGCUCAAGACCCAGCAGCCUCUGGGGCACCCAGCUCCUGAGGCUUUGUCCCUUCCCAAUAAAGCCUGCUACCUGGCAGUACCCCUGAAGAGA